GCCGGCUCCGCCGUCCAGCCGGGCCCGGCCGGCCUGCAGUUGGGGGCCAGCCGCACCUAGGACCAGUCUCGGGCCCCGGCCGCCGCAUCCUACCUGCACGCACUGGAUCGACCCAGGCCACCUACUAAAAAUGAAUGUGUUUUGCAGGACGAGGUGUGAUCCUUGCCCUCCACAUUACCCAGUCACAUGUAGCGGUGUCCCAAUUAAUGGAUUCUGACAUGGAUUAUGAGAGGCCAAACGUAGAGACCAUCAAGUGCGUCGUGGUUGGGGACAACGCUGUCGGCAAGACCAGGCUCAUCUGUGCCCGUGCCUGCAAUGCCACCCUCACCCAGUACCAGCUACUUGCCACCCAUGUGCCCACAGUCUGGGCCAUCGACCAGUACCGGGUGUGCCAGGAGGUACUGGAACGUUCCCGGGAUGUGGUAGAUGAUGUCAGUGUGUCCCUUCGUCUGUGGGACACCUUUGGAGACCACCACAAAGACCGGCGCUUUGCUUACGGGAGAUCAGAUGUUGUGGUUCUUUGCUUCUCCAUUGCUAAUCCCAAUUCCCUGCACCAUGUCAAGACAAUGUGGUACCCAGAAAUCAAGCACUUUUGUCCACGGGCUCCUGUCAUCCUAGUGGGAUGCCAGCUGGACCUACGCUACGCUGACUUGGAAGCCGUCAAUAGGGCCAGGCGCCCUUUGGCCAGGCCCAUCAAGCCAAAUGAAAUCCUGCCUCCUGAGAAGGGCCGAGAGGUGGCCAAGGAGCUGGGCAUCCCUUACUAUGAGACCAGUGUGGUGGCACAGUUUGGCAUCAAAGAUGUCUUUGACAAUGCCAUCCGGGCAGCCCUCAUUUCGCGUCGCCACUUGCAGUUCUGGAAGUCUCACCUGCGCAAUGUCCAGCGCCCUCUGCUCCAGGCUCCCUUCCUCCCCCCCAAGCCUCCACCUCCCAUCAUCGUGGUUCCCGACCCCCCCUCCACCACCGAGGAGUGUCCCGCCCACCUCCUGGAGGACCCUCUCUGUGCGGACGUCAUCCUGGUGCUGCAGGAGCGGGUGCGCAUCUUUGCCCACAAGAUCUACCUCUCCACCUCCUCCUCCAAGUUCUAUGACCUAUUCCUCAUGGACCUGAGUGACGGAGAGCUGGGGGGCUCCUCUGGGUCGGGAGGCCCCCGCUUAGAGGAACCUCAAGUUCACUCUGACCACCCCCACCACCAUCACCACCACCACCAUGGGCGGGACUUCCUGCUGCGCGCAGCCAGCUUUGAUGUCUGUGAGAGCACAGAGGAGGGCGGUGGUCCUGGCCCGGCCGGGCUUCGAGCUUCUACCAGUGACGGGAUCCUUCGGGGCAAUGGAGCUGGCUACUUGCUUGGGCGUGGCCGGGUCCUCUCCUCCUGGAGUCGUGCUUUUGUGAGUAUUCAGGAAGAGAUGGCUGAUGACCCCCUCACCUACAAGUCGCGACUGAUGGUGGUGGUGAAGAUGGAUGCUUCGAUUCAGCCUGGACCCUUCCGGGCCGUGCUCAAGUAUCUCUACACCGGAGAGUUAGAUGAGAAUGAACGGGAUCUCAUGCACAUCGCCCACAUUGCCGAGCUGCUGGAAGUAUUUGAUCUGCGCAUGAUGGUUGCCAACAUCCUCAACCACGAGGCCUUCAUGAACCAAGAGAUCACUAAGGCCUUCCAUGUCCGAAGGACCAACCGGGUCAAGGAGUGUCUGGCCAAAGGCACAUUUUCAGAUGUGACCUUCAUCCUGGAUGAUGGAACCAUCAGUGCCCACAAGCCGCUACUGAUCUCCAGCUGUGACUGGAUGGCUGCCAUGUUUGGAGGGCCAUUUGUGGAAAGCUCAACCAGGGAGGUCAUGUUUCCCUACACCAGUAAGAGCUGCAUGCGCGCGGUGCUGGAGUACCUCUACACGGGCAUGUUCAGUGCCAGCCCUGACCUGGAUGACAUGAAGCUCAUCAUCCUUGCCAACCGGCUCUGUUUGCCUCACCUGGUUGCCCUCACAGAACAAUACACAGUCACUGGACUGAUGGAAGCCACGCAGAUGAUGGUAGACAUAGAUGGAGAUGUCCUUGUGUUUCUGGAACUGGCUCAGUUCCACUGUGCAUACCAGUUGGCUGACUGGUGUCUCCACCACAUCUGUACCAACUACAACAAUGUCUGCCGGAAAUUUCCCCGGGAUAUGAAGGCCAUGUCUCCAGAAAACCAGGAGUACUUUGAGAAGCAUCGAUGGCCACCCGUCUGGUACCUAAAAGAAGAAGAUCAUUACCAGCGAGCCCGGAAAGAGCGAGAGAAGGAGGACUACCUCCACUUAAAGCGACAGCCGAAAAGGAGAUGGCUGUUCUGGAACGGCCCCUCUUCGCCUUCUUCCUCAGCGGCUUCCUCUUCGUCCCCCUCCUCCUCCUCAGCUGUAGUUUGAGAGCUGCCUUGACCCUUUCCAGGACAGCCCCACCACGGCCCCUUCCUCUCUACGCCUGCCCCAAGCCCCUCCACCCUCCUCCAUCUGCAUCGUCCCUCUCCCCACGCCAGGGACAAGAGGACCCAUGAGGGUGGAGCAGAUCACACCAGCCAAACCAUCUCGACGGAAGGGAGGCCUGGGGACUGGCUGAGGAUGGCAAGGAGCCCAAGCUGCCGGGACUCCCCGAACGAGGCGUCAGGGAGAGCUGAGCCUCAGUCAUCCAUCCUCUUUGUUCCCAUUUGGGAUUUGGAGUCUUCGUCAUGACUGGAUAUCCAUGAGCCAAGGAAAUCCAAGUUGUGAUUUUUGUAGAGGAUUUAUUCUUUGAAUGGGGGAGAGGGCCACAAACUCCUUGGUGAGAAGACAACAAGGUUUUCUCAGAACUGACUUGUUUUCCCAAAGGACUUGUAGUCUGCAGAUGCAUUGGGGGAAAUUGGACUUGGAGCCGAGUUAAGCACUGUCCUCUGCCCCACCUUUCCUUGUAAGCUAAUCUAGGCUACAUCCUCCCUCUAUCACUAAGAGCCGCUUCUCUUGCAGUGUCUGAGAGGAAGAUGGCGCGGGAGGGCCAGGAGAGCUUUCUCCCCACUCAUUUAGAUUUGGCUUGGUAGACCCAGGAAGCCCCUGUCAUCCAAAUAGAACUAGAGCUGUUCAGAGCUCCCCAGACUAGAAAUCUUGAUGCCAGUGAGAGACUCUUCCCUGCUUCCCUUCUCCCCCAAGGCCUAGAGAAAACUCACUGGACGGAAACCCCCAGGAAGAGGGAGGAUAGGAAGUAUGAGAGAAGGGAGGGAGAAGGUUUAACUACCACCAACUCAUAGGACUUAGAACCAGAAAGGGCCACCUGUCUGACGUCCUUUUACAAAUGAGUAAACAAGUUUAGGAGCCUUGGGUGAUUGACCUAGAGCCACAUGGGCGGUUUGUGGUAGGGCUAGGAUUCAAAUCCAGCUACUCUGCCACGAUAACAUACUCCUCACUGGCUCUUCCCAAACUCAAGUUUUGGUUUUGGGGAGGUGGGGAGAUGGGGUGGAAGAUGGGGAAAAAAGGUUACAAAGGAAGGUAGAUACAGCAAAAAAAAAAAAAAAGCCUCUAAAUCCCCAUCAGACUACAGAAUAAAAAGCAGAAAAAGCUAACUUGAUAUUAAGCCAAACAAAAGCCCCCUGAGGCCAAGAGAUGGUUGUUGAAGAAAAAAAAAAUUGGGUUAUGGGAAUAGCUCCACAGCUGCUCUCCAGGUAGAAAGAGAUUCGCCUUUACUGUUUCCUGAUUUAAGGGAGCUUGAAGAAAUUGGGGGUGGGAGUUCAGCUGAGCUGGAAGGGAGCAUUUGGCCCUUCAAAGCCUAGCGAUUGACUUCUGCCCACAGUGACUUUUGUAUUUUUCCAGACUGACCCUUUGGUUUUCUCUGAGAGUGAAAGUCAUACACCUGGGUCUUCACCGGGUGGUACUGGGAGGUAUUAUGUGUGUAGAGUGCUGAAUUUUGAGAGAUUUGGGGAACUGGCUUUCCCUCAAAUGUAUGGCACCGCUCUCUCACCCUUCAAUUUGGGAAGAGUAGAAAAGGGAUAGUGUUAAGAUCAGAACAGAAGGCUAUUGAGAAAUAGGGCAAGGUUGUAGUUCUAAAGGAGGGGAAAAGGAAAGGGUAAUAGCGCCUGCAGCCCCCAUGGGGCAAAAGAAGGGCUGGCAAAGUUCCUUUCUCAGUACUCCUUCCCCUAAUCUUUUUCCUUAGGAGCCUGCCUUUUGGCUAAUCUUUUUGGUAACCAUAAGUUUUAAAGAGAGGCCUGGGGGUAGGUUGAAACCCCUCAGAGAACUCUCUGCCUCUUCUGGGAAACUGAGACAAGUCUAUCUAGUAACCUACUGUAGCAGUCUAGUUCCUGGGAUCCACAGGACAGGUGAGGAAGAGGAAGGCCUGGGAGUUGGGAAUGUUAGGCUGAGGCCGGAGAAAUGGCUGAGAGGCUGGACUGACUGGCCUGCUGGGCUUACUGGAGAGCAGCCUUGUCCCAGGAGAACAGUUGAACUGUGAGGACCGCUAGAGAUCCGUUUUCCACGUACACCCUCUCCCCAAGGUUCCGUUUCCCAAGCUGACUGGUCACCUUGGCGAUGCGCUGCCCCCGCUGGCGGCCUCCUCUCCCUGUAUGUGCAGGCGCAGGGGCGGAAGGCUGGUGCUAUGUUGAUAAAUGCUGCUUUACCCUUAGUAUCUCCUUAAAAAAGGGCAAGUCUGAGCUGAGGGUUGCAAGCCUCCCUACAUAGGGGCAGGGAAGAACUGAUCUUCCUGAGGCUUUCAUGAAGCCCACAGACCCACAAGGCAGAAAGGGAGCGUGGGGGGCUGGAUGAGGACUUGCCUGGCAAAAGAUGAAAGGGUAGGGGGCUCUGGAAGACCACCUCAUGACAGGGAGGUUGCCAGAGCAUUUCCAGGUCUGCAUUUGGAGUAAGAGGCUAGAAAGUCAGUUGAGGGAGAAAAGGAGAGAUCCAGCUAAGCAAUUCGAGUUUCCUGAUUGGAAAAGUGACUUCUUUUCAAAGGCUCUCUUCCUAGGUAAGUCUGGAUAGAGUCCAGGAAGAAGAGAGGAGAAAAAAGGGAAACUGCCCAGUGCCCAGUGAAGGACAGUUACUCCCUCAGGGAUCCCUCUCCCCUUCUCCCCUGCUGUGCCCUCAGAGCCAAUUUCUAUCACUCUCUGGUCCAGUUUGUGGCCUGGGGUGCCAACCUUGCUGAACCAGCCCUUAGAGGGUAGACAUACUCUGACCCUAGCAGCAAAGCAGAUAUACCUCUCUCUGCUGGGGGAAGAGAUGGAGACGUUGCCCUCACAUCUCCUCAGCCUUUGAGAUGAACUCCAAGAGUUGGCAAGAGUUAACGUAAACUCAUCCAUGCAGGGCAUGGCUGACCGAAUUAGAGGAAAAGGACUGAUGCUACUCAUUGGGAGGUGGGAGGGGAGGAGGAGAAAAAAAACAACCCUCUUUUUAUACAAGGUUUCAUAUUUAAUUUGAUCAUAAAUUCAUAAAUACAUAACUAUUUUAUACACAA